CCUAGAAUCUAUAGCUGUUUUGCUGGAUUUUUAACUGAAGAAUCGAAUAGCAAAACGAUCUGAGGUGAUCAAUACAAGCUUUACAUCUCUAUGUUUGUGUGAAAAUCUACAACGGUCACUUUGAUGUAUGUAACGGUCACAUGGAGAGCACUCUCCGAUAAUGAAGUCGAGAAUCGCCGUGACCGGAAAUACAAAUAAGAGCGUUUAUUUCAAAUGGACAUAAAGUAUUUGCCCUGAGACAGAUUUUGAGACAAUCACUAUUGAUUACGGAGAUUUCGGGAAUAAAAUGUGAUCUGAACAAUGUCAAUGGGAGGUUCAAGCAAGGCAACAUGUGAAUAGAGUUACAAGAUCUACAAGUCAAACAACCACAGUACAUGCGCUCGGAAAACGACAUUAUAUAUACUACUGGAUAUCAACAGGCGUAUGUAAUAGAAUAUACCUUGUCAAUAUGCGGGACUGGCUAGCUUGACAGAGGAUCUUUUUACAGAUUUUAUUGACCGUGGCAUCAUCCUUAUCUACAACCCAAUUACCAAGAAAAAGAAUGACUGACACCCUUUCGAACAAUGUUAAAUAAAAUUACACAUGAAGUAGAAACAUAAUAAGAAAUAGAGGAAGGACUCCCAGAAGAAGUAUAAUAAGGAGCCGACGCUGAUAAAUUUCACCACCGCAAACAUAUACACACUUAUCUUUGUCCAAUACUGAUCGAACGCAUUAUUCUUAAUUUGUGUGAAAUAUAAAACGUUUCUGACGGAGGAAGUUGUACAAUAACGCAAAAAUACCAUAACGAAGAAAAUCAAAUACUUGUUCAAACGUUAUUAAUAGGGAAAAGAAAAAAUCGACAUUCUUGAGAACUCAAAUUCAGGUUCAACGCGUUUCAGAGUUACGAGAAAAUUGAAAGAAGACAAUGUAAUGCUUUAAUUACGAGGAACAGAAUACAAUUUAUCCUUUCAGAUGUCUGAAGGAAUGUACCAAAUGAGUAAAUACAUGGUACAACCAGUGAAUAAGUCCGCAAAGCCCGUUAAACCUGUCAAUUUCUGUCACAGAAAACCAAUCAAAUAGAAUUAAAUUACGGACUGGAAUGUAUGCAAGACAUGUCAAAUUUUUCUUCCUAAUCUAAAUAAGCCAAUCGGAGACACAUUCGUCAAUAGACAAAGCGAUUGCAGUUAGUUUGAUUGAGACAGGACGAUGCGAUCCAAUAAAUUCAUAUAUUACGACAUGCUGAGCGCCCAGCGAUAAAAGCGGAGAAAAGGAAUGAGGAAUAUCAGUUUUACUCAACAAUAUUCGGAAAACAAGUUGCGCGGCGAUCGGAGACUCAUUCUUCCCUAAAGAAAAUAUCUUAUUUGGAUAAGCAAUGAUUAGGAGUGUCUGAAAUUAAAUAUUAUCACCAAGCAGAUAACAGCUCUAAGCAUAUUAUGAUUUAAGGAUAGUUCAAUAAUUUACAAGAAUGGUUAAUUAAAUUCUUUAGUUGGAAUAUACUUUGAACAUAAACCAUUUUUUACCUAAACUGUACGCCAGCAGUAAUUUACACUAGACAAUGAAACAUGAACAAAUAAAAAAGAAACUCUCAGAAAUAUAUUUAUAAUUCUGUUUGUCUAAGAAUAUUGUUUAAAUAGUUAUGUCAAAUGUAGCGCGGGAACUUCUUACGUAGAGGCGGCAUCCUCAGAUAUGAUGCGUGUUAAGGAAAUAAACCUUAAGGGAUAUUUACGCGAUUGGCCGUUAAUGCUUAAAAGGGAAGAAGUAAGUUCAUGAACGAGAAACUGCGCCCAGCUCGACAGUUUUCUUAGAUUUAAUGCUGACUGGUGAUUGGAAUCGCCACUAGCUGUCAGUCUGUCAGUAUUCCCGCAGAAAGCAUUGCUUUUCAUUACGAAACUACUCGUUUGACAGUUACAGAGUUGUCAGUGGACAAUCUUUCACAAGGAAAUUAAUUGCAAUAAUCAUUUAAUUUAAAAUUAGUCAAUGAUAAUAUAACUCAAUUGUAACAUUUGUAAACUUUCAUUGUUUCUGGUUUGAUUGUUCUUGAGUUUGAAAUGAAACGAAAAGAAAGAAAUGUGAAGUUGUUUAAUCUGAAAUAUUUACCGAUGUUGGAAUAGUAUAUAGUUAAACACGACAGGUUUGAUUAUUCCAAGUUAAAGAUGGAACUAGAUCUUUAAAGAUAAUUACUAACAGAUUUGAAAUGUAAACGUUUUGACUGAAAAGUUUGAAUGUACUUCAGAACAGACACGCAAAGCUUCUGUGAGUGUUAGAUCGUUAAGAUGAAAAACGAAUAUGAAAAGAAUAUUUAUUGAUUUGUGUGACAGAUGACAAGGAUAUAAAAUGGGGAAGAAUUCUAUCAAUGAUUUUAAAUAAGAUAAAGAUCCUAACGGAGUGAUUGAGGAAAACAGCAACGUUGAAAUUAUGUGAAACUGACAAACAGUUUGAGUCUUUACAUAAAAAUAUGUGUUACGGAAAUAUAGUCUUUUGAAUUUCUCAGUUCUAGUUUUUCCUGUUCGAAAUGAAUACAUACAUGAAGAUGACAACCAGUCAUUUGACCAUCGAUUCCGAUCAACAACGUGUCAAACUUGCUGUACUGGGUGCGCCAGGAGUCGGAAAGACGUCGAUAGUACGACAGUUUGUGUCCAAUAUGUUCGAGGAAGAAUACACACCGACGGAUAAUAAACAGAUAUUUUAUCCGUCGGUGAUAAUUAAUGAACAUUUAUAUGAACUGAAAAUUAUUGACUGCCCAUAUAUACCAUACUUUCCAGUGAACUCUUUAUACGAGUGGACGGAUUAUAGAGGCUACGGCUUAAGGAACGCGUCAGCUUAUAUUUUAGUAUAUGACAUAACUGCAGAGGAGAGCUUUCAUUACAUCAAAAACCUACGGGAACAAAUACUUGAAAGUAGAGAUAUGCACGAUAUUCCUUUGUUUGUCGUUGGAAACAAGUAUGAUCUUUCUGAGGAGAGAGGAAUUUCUCGCCGUGAGGUUGCAAGCUUGGUAAAGAAACACUGGAAAUGUGGCUACAUAGAAUGCUCAGCAAAAUACAACUGGCAUGUGAUAUUAUUAUUUAAAGAGCUUAUGAAAACAAUAGAUUACAUAGACUAUGGACAUAAGCCUACAUCAUUAAGAGUACAAGAUGCUCUGAGAAACAAUAGAUGUGUCAUUUUGUGAUAUCGAUUGUUUCCUAGUAACCUGAAAUGUCACAGGGUCCAAAGAUCUUCCAUUUGUGUAUGCUGUAAUUAACAUUACGAAUAAUGCCGAAGGAUGAGUGUUAACAUUGUAUUUAUAUGUUUGUGAAUGAGCAUUUGUCAGCCAUUAAUGCCAGAAUAUUUGUUUUUCACAAUUGAUGUAAAUGGUGCCAGUUUGUUGUUUAGUUAGAGUGCUCAGUAGUCUAACGUUUUAUAUUUUUGUACAUUGUUAUCUGGCUAUUUUUAUCUGUACUUAAGGCAGUGGACCCGUAUUGACAACGGCAAAUUCCGUUCGUUUACGUUUUCUCCGUAUGCGAUUCCGGCGUUCCCCGAUUUGUUAUGAAAGAAAGUUUCUGAUUUGGCAGAAGGAUGCCGAAAUCGCACUAUGGAGGAUACGUAAUUGGACGGAAUUGCCGAUUGUCAAUACCAGUCCAUUACCUUAAGACAAAAAAGUUGGAUGCAAACAGAUAUUGGUCAAAGAAACUGUUUUUGUAAUUUGUAUAAAGUAUAAAUAUAUAUCGGGAGUAUUCAUCAUGAGACUAUAGGUUUUGCAUGUAAAUAAUGAAGGCAUUACAAUUGCUACGAAAUAGACCAUGCGCAAAGUAUUAUUGUAUUAUUUUAUAUGGGAUAUUAAGCUGUAUUGUCGAGAGGAAAUUAUGAAAUGUACGGGAUGUAUGUAAUAAAGGUGCAACAAUUGUAUAAAAACUACUAUGUUAUAGAAAUGAUGAAAUAAUCUUUUUGAUCAUUCUAAACAUUAGAUUUGUCUUCACAUGCAUAGUCGCAUCAAAUGCAAAUUAUUGAAAUAAAAUGCUGCGACGGGAAAGUGUC